GUCUGCAUAUACGAGUAAAACACCUAGUAGAUAUUUUUUUUAUUGUGACUUGCAUCACCAUCUUUUUAUUUUCGGUAUAUAGACACAUCAAUGUUGUGAGGGAGGGGAAAGUUAUGGCGUUUCUCAAUAGUAUACCGUUAGCCACAACUCCCUCUGGUCUGCAUGUUGCUCCUCUAUCAACAAGUUAUGUGAUAAGCGAUUAUUUCAAGAACCGGCCAUUAAAAUGUUAUACUAGCCCUGACGAAGUGAUACUCUGUGUCGAUUACAAACAGAGUAUGUACUGCCAUCUUCUUUGCGGUCUUGUCCAGCGAGAGGAGGUUGUGAGUAUUUCUGCAACAUUUGCUUGUUUGAUAGUCCAAGCAAUCCAAUAUCUUGAAAGUCACUGGAAGGAAUUUUGUAAUAAUAUCCGGUUUGGUUAUAUUAGCGAGUGGAUCACCCACCUUGGUUGCAGAGACUCUGUCUCUGUCAUACUUGGAGGACCUAAACCUGAAUUGGCAGAUCUCAUUGAGCGAGAAUGCAGCCAGAAAUCAUGGGAAGGUAUUGUCACACGGCUAUGGCCUAACGUCAAAUAUAUUCAAUGCAUAAUCACAGGACAGAUGAGUCAAUACAUCCCAAUAUUGGAGUUUUAUUCCAAUAAACUGCCUCUAUUCUCCCCGCGUUACGGAUCUUCUGAAACAAUGUUCGGUGCAAACUUGAAUCCUCUGUGCAAACCACAAGAUGUGACCUACACAUUUUUGCCAAACAUGUCCUACUUUGAGUUCCUACCUGUCGAUGGGUCAAACAAUAAUGAAAUUGUUGGACUUGUAAACGUCAAGUUAGGGUGCUUUUAUGAGCCUUUGAUCACCAAUCAUUUCGGCUUAUGCAGAUAUAGAAUGGGAGAUAUUCUACAGAUGACGGGAUUUUACAAUAGUGCACCUCAAUUCAAAUUUGUACGAAGGAAAAAUAUAGUUCUAAGCAUCGACUUAGAAGCAACAACUGAAGAAGACAUUUCAAAAGCAUUGAAUCGUGCAGCAGUUGUUCUAGAAGUCUCAGAUUUAAUGUUGAUGGGCUUCACAUGCUAUGCAGAUAUCUCCACAGUUCCAGGUCACUACGUUUUUUUCUGGGAGCUUAAAGAUAAAAAGUUUAGUGGCCUUAUUAAGCCUGAUAACAAGGUAAUGAUGGAAUGUUGCUAUGCAAUCGAGGAAUCAUUUAACGUUCUUUAUAGAUUGCUUAGGAGUAAAAGUGGUUCAAUGGGAGCUCUAGAAAUAAGGGUGGUGCGACAAGGCACGUUCGACUCUCUCAUGGAAUAUUUCAUCUCUAAGGGUACUUCUAUGUCUCAAUUCAAGAUACCUAUAUCCAUAAAUUCUCCUCAGGCUUUAGCAAUUCUUGGAGACAAGGUCGUUGAUCAGUUCUUCAGCGACAAAUGCCCUCAGAUAUGGUCUACGUGAAACAACUGAUGGAAGAAUAAUAUGCUGCGACAAAGUUAUGGAAGAAUAAUAUGCGGCGACAAAGUUAUUUGAUCAAAUUUUUAUGUUUGGUUUGUUUGUGUGCAAUUGUGUGACUUUUGAAUCUUAAUUUUAGUCAUGUGGGUCACUAAAUAAAUGAAACAUAUGUUGCUUAAUGUCCGAUGGACCAACGAGACGGCCAUAGCCGUUCGCUUCUUAUUUUGGAUAAAAUCCCAACGAUACAUAUGGGACUCUCUCUUUCUCCCAAUUCUCAACCAACAGUAUGUACAUUUGUGAUUAGGAUUAUGAACGAUGGACUCAAAAUAAAUAUCAGACACAAGAACAUAUAUUCAUAGAAAAUUAAAAAACUUAUUAUAAUAAAUCCUAAAACGCUAAGCAGUUUAAGGGCAAAUGGCAGUAACAUUUAUCUUC